AUGAAAGCACUAAAAAGGUUGAGAUUCCUAAGAAAGAAUGAUGGUGAUCAGGAGAAGGCUACAAAGAAAGUUGAAAAGCCUAAGGAGAUUAUUAUUGAAGAAUCUUCGAAGGAAUUGAUUCCUUCGAAAUCUGGUGUACUUAAGAAAUUAAGGAAGUUAUCUCACACGACACGAACUUCAUUAGAUGAUCAAUCUCCAAUCGUUCAUAAAGCUCAACUGAAUAGAAAGGGGGUAAAAGUUCGUGAGAUUCCAGCACCAGUCUCACCAUUGUCAAAGAAACGAAGAGCUGAGGAGAUGGCCAAACAUAUAGCUAAGAAGACAAAGAAACGAAAGUUGAUUGUUCGUGAAGGGUCAUCCGAAAGUAAAAUCGUUCUAGAAACUCCUUUGGGAUUGACUUCUUCAAAGGAAAACAAUUCAAGAUUCUGA